GGUAUUUGUAUUCUUACUUUGGCUCACAAAAGACUCCCAAUCACCGAGGCAAUACAGUCUUUCUUACAACUAAGUGCUUCGGUAUUUAAGAAACAACCAUUCUGGAGACGGGCAAUGAAUUUAUUACUUCAUGGGUCUAUUUAUUGCAAUAGUGCUAUUAAUAGGCCUUUAGAACAACACUACGGCACAAGCACACUAUCUAAUUACUCACCAGCUGUAUCUAGAGGUGCCAAGCUCUUUGUGACAGCAAAGGGAACGCCAUGUAGAGAUUAUAUUAUUACCAACUUUAUGGCACCAGGCAGUAACAAGGCUCACAACGACUACCAACAUGCGUUACCAGAUAAAGAAAAUGGGGGUAUUCAAGUUUGGGAAGCGGCACGCGCAACAAGCGCCGCUCCAGUGAUGUUCACGCCUCAUAGUAUUCCAGGUGUAGGCACAUUUCAGGAUGGUGGGCUCUGGCAGAACAACCCUCUUGCAGUGGCCUUAUCUGAAGCUAGAGACUUGUGGCCGUCGGCGAACAUACCCGAUGUUGCUCUUUCCAUUGGCACAGGCUUUCAUAAAGGCGUUGAAAGCUCAACUGCGGGCGAUGCUGCAAGGCUAGAGGACUUAGAUCCUAGGCGCACAUUAUCUGACGGAAACGAACUGGCCAAUACCAGCGAUCAUGUUAUCAUCAACUUUCUUUGGAAGAUAUGUUUCUUCGCUUCAAUCCUUCGUCUCUUGCUUUCUCUCAUGGAUAGCCCUGCUAUGGAUAGCGAUAAGUGCCAGCGCUAUAUAACUCGUCAUGGUCUUACAGAGCACCAAGCUCGUGAACGCACAUUUCGGGUCAAUGUUGACUUUCCUGUGGAGUGUCCAAGGAUGGAUGACCUAAACUCAAUGCAGGACGUCAGGCAAGAGGCAAUAAAGCAGUUCUCCAGGAACUCGGAUAUUCAAAAGAUUGCAGAACUACUCAUUUCAAGUCUAUUUUUCCUAGAGCUAACGGAGCGCCCUUGUCGCCAUGAGACCUAUAUUAGCUUUCAGGGCCGCAUUCUAUGUGAUGUUAGUCCCGGACGACAGCUUCAACGACUUCUGUCAGUUCUCUUAGAUCACAGGUCUGUGUUUGAAGUCUGCGGGCGGCUGUUUCCGCUUGCUGAGAUGAGCAACGAUGAGGCGAUUACAAUGGACUUUGAGCUUCACGUGAAUGGGACGGUCACUGAAUUUACAACUCCGUUCACAGUAUCACUUAUUCAAUCACAGCCGUCAGGGAAAGUCAGUUGCCCAAUCAGUAGGUCACCAUUAGACUUGAAGGGAGUUAUGACUGUUCAAGGAUGGGACUGUCCCUUUAUAGAACGGUCAGUAGUGGCAAAGAAGAGAAGAAGGGGAACUGACUUCCCAGGGGUUGACGACCUGAGACUUCGACGGUCUAAAAAAGUGCGAAUGUGA